AUGGCAUCAUUAAUUCCAUUUAUGCAGAUGAGGCAAAAUACCGUCAACUUCUUCAUGAGGAAACCUGCUCGCUUGCUGUGGAAGACUGUCACAUCACUCUCACCAGCUGGCGUCAAGAAGGGACGAGGGAAAACUCGUCAGAGUGUAUUGAACCUUCACAAGUUUUAUCGAAUUGGUUCUGGCCCGAUAAAAGUGAAGUUUCCUGGCUUAAAUGCUCCUUUGAUGGCUCCCAAUGAAGAGCCUUUAGCAGUGAUGGAAAAGACUAAAGAAGAAAUAGAUGCUGUCGAAAAACGUCUAAAUGAUAUAAUAGCUUCUCGACCUUCGAAGAAAAGAGUAGAAGAAAAAUUACAUCCAUUAGAACGUGGGUUUUCUGGCACAAGAAUUGAAGGCCAAAAAUUGGGUCCUCCACCUCCGAGUGGUGACAAUAAUUUUGAGGAUUUUCAAUCUUAUUGUCUUCAGCUUCGAAGAACAACAAAUAUGACGUCAUAUGGUCGAAAGCAUACAAUGUCAGCUUUGAUUGUUACUGGUAAUGGAAAGGGUCUUGGUGGUUAUGCAGUUGGUAAAGCUGGUCUCAAGCAUCACAUCCGCGCUCUUAUAAAUGGCAUGAAAAUGGCCUCAAGAAAAUUAGUAUUUGUGGAAUUAUUAGAGGGACGUACAAUAUAUCAAGAUUUUUAUGCUGAAUGUCGUGGUACACGUAUUUUUGCUCAAAGAAGACCAAAAGGUUUUGGCUUGCGUGCUCACCCUAGGUUAAUGAAGAUUUGUGAGCUGCUUGGUAUAAAGGAUCUUGAAUGUAAAGUGGUAGGUUCAACCAAAAAUUACAUUGCUUUAACACAUGCAUUUUUCAUUGGCCUUUUAAAUCAAGAAACUCAUCAGCAGCUUGCUGAAUGCAAGAGGUUACACGUCGUUGAAUUUUCUCCACACAGAAGAUAUUUUCCUAUCAAAGUUGCUUCUCCUCUACAUUCGGAUUUGAGAACUGAGCGAGAUAUUGAACCGAAAGAAAAGUUACUGCUAAAUGAUUUCUAUGGCGAAGGACGCUUACCCUUGAUCAAAAAACAAGUUCCGUUCUAUGCAAACCUGCCCAAUCAUCUUGCAGCAGAAGCUCUUAAAUAUCGUUUUCGAAAUCGAGACAAAACUAUGAUCCGACUAAUGGCUGAUGAUGUGAUUCUGCGCUGGACUCGUGAUGAACGUAAAAAAUGGGCAGAUCAGAAACAUCAAGAUAUGUUAAACGGAUUAAUUCCACUCCCAAAAGGAAUUGGUUUACCCGAAGUAUUGCCAAAACCAGAAGGAAAAUAA